AACCACGGAGGCUUUUCAAACACCGACACCGCGGAGCAUCACUCCUGCUGUGGGACACCGGUCAUGUGUUGGACGUUAGGGGGAUGGAGCAGCUUCUAGAGCUCACACUCAGCGGAAACAGGAGCGUUUUCAAUUUUUGAAGGUCGAUUAAUUUUUUUCACCCCCUUAGUAAACAAUCGCGUCAUUUGGGACGUUUCUGGUGCAGCUCAGCAAAAUGAGACGCGAGGGGAGAAAAGGAAAGUUAAAUAUCCGCCAAACUGCGCCAGACUGUCUGCUGCUAUCGGACUGCAGUCAUGCAUAGUUCAGCUGGCUCGUCACUGGGACGCUCACAGAGAGUUGUUUGCAGUUUCUUAGUUGCGCUUCAUCUGGAUACAGGUUUAUUUUCGCCCUUUUCCUCUCAUGACACAUUUACCAACCAUGGCAAGGCUGCGGAGGAAGGCUUGCGUUGCCCUGUUCCUUUUCACCCUCUUCAUAUUUGGGACUUUGAUGGGACUGAGGACCCUGAAGCCUACUGACGGCUUCUCGGAUCUGGCUCCUGGCUUGGAGCUCCUGCCGAUCUUAGGAGGGAGGAUGUCCCGGGAAGCCACCGCGCCCCCGGUUCAAGCCCGCCCGCUCGGGGACAACACAAAAGCCGCCCUGUCCAACUCCGGUCCCGAAGGGACCAUAUUCUACGACGUUCACAUCUUUUAUUACACUUGGUACGGUAGCCCGCACAUGGACGGGAAAUACAUCCACUGGGACCACAUCCUGGUUCCACACUGGGACCCCAAGGUCGCAUCCAGCUACCCGAGAGGAAGACACAUGCCGCCCGAGGACAUCGCCUCCAGCUUUUACCCGGAGCUGAAUCCGUACAGCUCCCGGGAUCCGGACGUGUUGGAGUCCCACAUGGAGCAGGUCGGAGCCUCCGCAGCAGGGGUUCUGGUACUGUCUUGGUAUCCUCCUGGCCUUGCUGACGACAAUGGGGAACCCGCUGAGGAUUUGGUGCCAGCUGUGCUGGAUGCUGCAUACAGACACAACCUGAAGGUUGCGUUUCACAUCCAGUCCUACAGAGGGAGAAAUGACCAGACUGUGCACGACAACAUCAAGUACAUCAUUGACCGGUACGGUGACCAUGGGGCCUUCUACAAGUUCACCUCCAGCACCGGGAAGAGCCUUCCUCUGUUUUACAUCUAUGACUCCUACCUGACUCCACCAGAGUCUUGGUCUGAAUUCUUGACUCCCACUGGCUCGCACAGUGUGCGUGGUUCUGCGUAUGACUCCAUGUUCAUCGCCCUCAUCGUGGAGGAGCGUCACAAGCACGACAUCCUCGCGGGUGGCUUCGACGGCAUGUACACGUACUUCGCCUCCAACGGCUUCUCCUUCGGCUCCUCUCACCAGAACUGGAAGGCCAUCAAGGCCUUCUGCGACGGGAACAACCUCCUAUUCGUCCCCAGCGUCGGACCCGGUUACAUAGACACCAGCAUCCGGCCGUGGAACAACCACAACACUCGCAACAGGGUGAACGGCCGCUACUACGAGACGGCCCUGCAGGCAGCGCUCAACGUGAGGCCGGAGAUCGUCACCAUCACGUCCUUCAACGAGUGGCACGAAGGGACGCAGAUAGAGAGAGCCAUGCCUAAGAAAACCGUGACCCGUGUGUACCUGGACUAUCAGCCGCACGGACCCGAGCACUAUCUGGAACUGACCCGCCGGUGGGCCGAGCAGUUCAAUAAGGAGAAGCAGCAAUGGCUGAUGUGAGACCAGACUUACUUUAAACAGCUCGCUCCACAGCGAUGGAAGCAGUCAAAGUGGCAGCAAAUGUUUAUUGUGACUAAAACACAACGUUGGUCUUCGGGAAUAUUUGUUAGAGCAAAUUUACCUGAAUACUUAACAGUCCCGUACUCUGAAUGCUCUGUGGGCCUGUCUGAUGUUCUUCUUGCCUGUUAAUUAAAAGCAAAAAUGUCAAGUCUAUCUCUACAGUAAAAAGAUAAAUCCAGUUAUUGAUAGCCGAGACACAUUUUUUUUUCUUCCUUCAUUGAUAACAUUUAAGGUUUUGUUGCGCAUAAAAAA